AUGAGAUUCGCGUCCAUCCUCGCCACGGUCGCCGCCGUCGCCUCGGCCGGCGUCUCCGCCGCCCCCCUCGAGCCUCGCGCCUCGACCUUCAUCGAGGUUCCGCUGCCGUCCCCCCUGAACUGGAUGGCCGGCAGGUCGCUCUUCCCGAGCCAGGUCAUCGCCUCGUACAACGCCGACAUCGGCGACUACACCUCCGAGACCUGGGCCGCCCACGUGUUGGAAAAGUGCAAGACCUUCACGGCCUGCACCUCCAGCAUGACUUUCUCGGGCAUCAACAGCGGCAGCACAGGCGGCCGUUACUGGUUCGGUUAUGUCUACAGAGGCGGUGCCACGACGGUGGACGACUACGAGCGCGACGAUGCGGCGGAGGACGGCAUUGCGGACUCGGUAGCGUACACCAUCACUGCCUAG